AUGGAGUUGUGUUGUGAAGCUGUGCUUGCAGCAUUCAGGCGAUGUGAUGUGACUAUGGUGAAGGAAGGGACGUGGGAGGGUGGCAUUUUCAGCUUCCUCAAAGAGCACCUGCAGCAGCACCAGUGCGCACCACACGAGGCGGCUGUUCUGCCUUUCGACUUCUGUGGCGGCUGGGUCGGCUAUUUUGGGUACGAGCUGAAGAGGGAGUGCGGUGCAGACCACAACCGCCACAGGUCGCCCUUCCCGGACGCGGCUCUUUUCUGUGUGGACCGAUGGGUGGUGCUUGAUCAUGGGCGAGGGGACGUGUAUGUGUGUGCUGUGGAGGAGGGUAGAAGGGGGGAAGAGGGUGGGGAAAAAGAGGAGGAGAGGGGGAAAGAUGUGCUUAGAAGUGGGGAAAGAGAGGAGAUAGGUGAGGGGAGAGGAGAGGGUAGGAACGAGAGCAGGAGUUGCAGCGGCGGUGGUACAAGUGCCGGUGCGUAUGCCGCUCAUGUGCUUCGGUGCGGUGCAGAUAGGGGAGAAUGGGGAGGGGCUGGAGGAGGGGAGGGUGAGAGAGGAGGUGGGGAGACAGCAGGGGGCAGCAGCAGGGAUGAAGCAGAGGGGGGGAGUGGAAAGGAAACGGAUGGGUGCAGAUGGGUGGCAGAGGCGAGUGAGAAGCUGAUGGCUUUGGUGGAGAGAGGGGUUUCUGAGGCGAGUGGGGCAGAGGUAGAGGCUGCCACAGAGGCAGUGCAUUUGAGAGAAGCUGUAGAAGGGGGAUUUGCAGUACAGUCAGCUGGAGGGAAUUCGGCAAGAGCAGAUGCUGAGGGCCUCACAGUUCUGUCAGAGCCCCUGGUGCUGGAGAGGUGUAGAGAGCGGUACAAGGCUGAUGUAGCGCGGUGCCUGGGGGAGAUUGCCAAGGGAGAGAGCUAUGAGCUGUGCCUCACCACCCGCCUUGAGAGUGAAUCUCAGCCGUCACAUCCGCUCGGGGCGUAUUUACGGCUGAGGGAGAGGAACCCUGCUCCGUUUGCUGCUUGGAUGUGCAUGGGUGAGAUAAGUCCAUACUCCAUGAGUGAGGUGGGGGAGCCAAAAUUGAGUGACGGAACAGUGCAGUGGGGGAAAGAGGAGGACGAGGGGGGGGGAGUGGGGAAAGAGCCAAAGCGCGGCAUGCUGUGGGCGAAGCCCAUCAAGGGCACUGUGAGGCGGGGGGCAACGGAGGAGGAGGAUGAGUGGCUGAAGAGAGAGCUGAUGUGCAGUGACAAGGACCGGGCUGAGAACCUCAUGAUCGUUGAUCUUCUCCGGAACGAUCUCGGGCGAGUCUCAACCGUCGGAUCGGUGCACGUCCCGUCUCUCAUGGCCGUUGAAUCCUACGCCACUGUUCACCAGCUCGUGAGCACUGUAGCAGCGCAACGCCGCCCGGACCUCUCCCCACUGGCCUGCAUCCGGGCGGCGUUUCCGGGCGGCUCGAUGACCGGGGCACCAAAGAUAAGAUCUAUGGAGAUUCUGGAUGAGAUUGAAGGGUCGGCGAGGGGACCUUAUUCGGGAGCCUUGGGGUUCGUUUCAUUUUCGGGCACCUUUGAUUUGAAUAUUGUGAUUCGAACGGCUGUGAUGGGUGGAGAGCUGGGGGUGGUGUUGGAGAGGGAGGCACGGGCAGGGGAGGAUGGGGAGGCAGAGGAGGGAGGAGUGAAGGCCUGGGAAGGGGACGGAGGAGGAGCGAGUGGAGAAGAGGAAUGGAUAGAGGGUAAGGGGGAGAAUGGGGCAAGAAGGGCUGCUGUGGAUUGGAAGAGGGCCAGACGAAAGGGCAGGACGAUGAUUGGAGCAGGAGGGGCGGUGGUGAUGUUAUCGCAACCAGAGAGUGAGUUUGAAGAGAUGGUGCUUAAAGCUAGAUCAGCCCACUUCCUCAGCUCCUCACUGCUUCUGCACUCGCUCGGCGGCGAAGGCGCGUGGUCCAGACAAGCAAGCAACGCGCGCCGUCGCUCCUGCAGCACGAUCGUCCACGCCAUGGCUGCAGCAGUGCUGCCAGAGAACAGCCCCGUGGUCUCCCCUGCCUGGCUGCAUGACAACCUCUCCAAAGUCAAGGUCCUGGACGCCUCGUGGUACAUGCCUGCAGAGAAACGCCAGCCGUUUGAGGAGUUUCAGCAUGGGAGGAUCCCAGGAGCAAUCUUCUUUGAUAUUGACGCCAUUGCUGACCCCACCACAGAUCUUCCCCACAUGCUGCCGACAGAGGCCGCCUUUUCUGCAGCUGCGUCAGCUUUGGGUUUGUCAUCUAGUGACAGCAUAGUGGUGUACGAUGGCAAGGGACUCUUCAGCGCCGCCAGAGCGUGGUGGAUGUUCCGUGCAUUCGGACAGCCACACGUGGCAGUGCUGGACGGCGGGCUGCCAGCCUGGCGGGCGGCAGGCUACCCAGUGGAGGCAGAGCCGUCAGACAAGGCGACCGGGCGGCACAAGGCGGCUGCUACUGCCAUCAAGGACAGUUACUCUACUAAGGCCGCAUCCAACCGCCUGCUCACUUUCAACGCCAAGCUGCAGCCCAACCUCAUCCUGUCCGUUGAUCAGGUGAAGGCUAAUAUCGAGAAUAAGGUGUAUCAACUCAGCGAUGCCCGUUCUGCUGGCAGGUUCAAGGGCGUAGACCCUGAGCCAAGGGCAGGAGUGCGAGGAGGAAGCAUCCCAGGAAGCUUCAACGUGCCAUUUCCCGAGGUCCUGACCCCACAGGGACAGCUAAAGCGUGCCUCAGACCUCACCCAAGCCUUCAAGAGUGCAGGAGUCAACAUCGAGGACCCAAAGCAGCCUCUCGCCGCCUCAUGCGGCACGGGAGUCACUGCAUGUGUGCUAGCUCUGCACCGACACACUCAUGCGCUGGAAUACAUCUCCUCACCCCUCCGUCUCCGCACCACUCACUCUGCCCUUCCCCUCACUUGUCCCUUUGCUCCCUUACUCUGGCCUCUGGCUCGCCUGGGUCGGUGGGAUGUGAGGUGUAUGUAUGAUGGCUCCUGGACUGAGUGGGGUAGCCUGCAGGACACCCCAGCUCUGGCUUGCCUGGGGCGGUGGGACGUGCCGGUGUAUGAUGGCUCGCGGACAGAGAGGGGUAGUGCUCCUCCUGUACAUCGUUUCCCUCACACUCUGCUAUUCUCUUCCUUAUACCCCCUUCUGCAACUCGUGUUCCUCCGUCUCUGCCCUCCCUCGCUGCAGGCUCUGGCUCAACUGGGUCGGUGGGACGUGCCCGUGUAUGACGGCUCGUGGACAGAGUGGGGUAGCCUGCAGGACACGCCAGUUGUCAAGGCAGAGUGA